AUGGGAAGAUACAGUUGGCACAAGCUAUGCCGGCUGCACUUUUUGUCAUCCACCGCUGUGGAAGCCGCCGGAAAUGGAGGAUAUAGGCGCCGUGGAAUCACUACAUUGUCUCCGUCUAAUCUUCCUUGUCGCACUAUGCAGAGGUAUACGUCGAUUGGAAGACCUCCUGGUCUUGGAAUGGUGGAGAUUCCGUUGCUACAGUGGAGAUGUUUUCGUACUACAGGAUCCAUUCAUGCUAAGGAACAAAGCUAUUAUGACGUUCUUGGCGUUCCUGAAAAUGCGAGCAAAGAAGAUAUAAAACGAGCCUUUCGUGUGUUGGCAAAGAAAUACCAUCCUGAUGCAAACAAGAACAACCCUUCUGCACAAAAGAAAUUCUUAGAGAUACGAGAAGCUUAUGAGACCCUGCAAGAUCCUGACAAGAGAGCACAAUAUGACAUGGGGUUUAGAUCUGAUGCUAAUGAUGCAACUGGAUUUGGAUAUGGUGCUAGCAGUGCAGGGAAUUUUAGAUCUUCUUACCAUACUGAUUUCUCAGAUUCAUUUCGGAAAAUAUUCUCCGAGAUAAUCUUUGAAGUGGAGAAUGAUCAAAUUUCCUCUGACAUUCAGGCAGAGCUAGUUCUUUCUUUCUCUGAAGCUGCAAGUGGAUGUACAAAACAACUGUCAUUUGAUGCGCACAUGGCUUGUUAUUCUUGUGACGGGAGAGGCUAUCCGGCUAAUGCUGAGACAAGAGUGUGCCCAACUUGUAGAGGAGUAGGGAAAGUUACUAUACCUCCAUUCACAACGUCGUGCAGUAUGUGUAAAGGGUCAGGACGGAUCAUUAAGGGACACUGCAAGUCUUGCAGAGGAUCUGGGGUACUUGAGGGCAUUAAAGAAGUGAAAGUUACAAUUCCACCAGGUGUGGAUUCAGGAGAUAGAAUUCGUGUUCCAACAGGUGGUAAUUUUGGGGGACGAGGAACUCAACCAGGCAACCUGUUUAUACAUAUAAAGGUAGCCGAUGAUCCACUAUUUACCAGAGACGGAGCAGAUGUAUAUGUGGAUGCUGAUAUUAGUUUUAACCAAGCAAUUCUGGGUGGUGAAAUUGAGGUGCCAACUUUGUCAGGAAAGACGCAAGUACAAAUACCAAGGGGGGUUCAACAUGGACAACUUCUUGUAUUGAGACGCAAAGGACUGCCACGGCAUGGUUUUCUUGUGAACCAUGGAGAUCAAUACGUGAGAUUUAGGAUCAAUCUCCCAACGGAACUAAAUGAAAGACAAAGAGCUAUACUGGAAGAGUAUGCAGUGGAAGAGAUAAAGCACGAAAAUGACACUUCCACUGAAACAGAUUGGUGGCAGCGACUCCUUGAACAUGCCAAUAGUCCUAGAUUCAUGCUCGAGUUUUCUGUCCUCAUUCUAAUCAUGAUACUCCUCGGCAAGACGCUGGGCUGA